AUGUCGUUCGGUCGCCUCCAGGCUGCUCUCACGGCAGCCACCAGCGAAGUCACUUUGGCCGCGGCAAACAUCAAUUUCGAUUUCACUCUCGUCAAAAUCGAAGCUCCACAAGAGUACACGCAACUAGGAUCUCUGCUCCCCACUGCGAAGAAAUCAGAGGCAGAAUCGGGAUCCACUCAUGUGACUGCUCGUCGACUCGGUACCUUAUUUGAUGGCGUCUGUCCGCAUACACCGAAUCUCAUCAAGGCUUACGGCACUCGUGUCUCGGAGAUAUCUACGAUCGCAAACGAUCAAAUUUCGUCACAUUAUAAGGAUUCCAUUUUCGGAGCACACUCAGGCGUUGAUGGAACUACGAUAUGGGCAGCCGCCACGUCGUCAAAUGCUUCCUUACAUGUGCAUCUUCUUGCGUGUAUGCUCGCUCGAAUAUUCGAGGCUAGCGAAGCGGUAUCAAUCUGGGUCGAACUGGAGAAGGAACGGAGAUUGGAUAUUGCGGGCAGGUUCGACCGUGGCGAGAAUGUGCAAUUUUCUCUCGCGUCAGCAGCCGCUCAAAACCCGAUAUCGAAGCAACAACUCGCCGACUGGGACUCCAGUGCUCGCGCUUGGCUACGUACUGCAGAUGAAGUGAAACGGAAUGAGUCUCGGCAGUUGCACACCUUGCUCAAAGAUCUCAAUCUCGCUGUCAACGAGCAGACUAAGGUAUAUCCGAGUGUGAUCGAAGCCUGGAAGAAUGCGCUCAACAUGAUGGAAGAUCUUGUCUGCGGCAGACCUCAAGCGGUUCAGGAUGGAUCGGUCAUUCUUGGCCUAUCUGCGUGGCAUCUCUAUCCCCCUCUCGUAGUAUUUGGCGGACAAAAUUUUCGCGUCAAUAUGGACGACCGACUAGUAAAACCAGGCGGGGAGCUCAGUAUCGGCCUUUCCUCUUCUAUCAAAACAAAAGACACGUUGGUGUACUGGUGCCUGUCUCUAGCCCAUUUACGUCACUACGGUAAGCCCGUCAGAACAGAAGGUAGGAUACAGGAAGACCCUACAAGAUGCUCAUUUCAGGAGUUCAUGUAUGGGGUCAUCGGCGCGAUUACCAACAGAUGGCAGAUUCCUUCCCAGGAUACGCUGUCCACUAUGAAGUUCUUCGCCUUGGUUCACAUGAGCUUCGAUGAAGCAAAUGCGGUUGCGGGCCGUUACGAAUGGGUGGCUCUACUGGGAAGAACUGCAAAGGAUUACCUAGGAGCAAGUGAAGUGGACGCAGCGGGAGCUGAGCGAAUUUUCCAACUCGGAAGGCGUCGAUCGGAAUUAUUCAUCGGACCAAUUCAAUUCGAAGCAGGCCACAACCGAAAACAGGAUGGCGGAUACAUCACCGGUGAUCCUCGAUAUCUUGGGCUUCUUGAUGCCAACGUCCUCACAGGUGUUACAGGCCUCGAGGUUGAGUCACUCAUUGAGCUCUUACGUCACAAAUUGCAAAGAGAUCCUACGAUACGGUGCGCAGAUUACCUCAUCCAAUACAAAUCAGGUGUGUCACGGAAGCGCAAGGCGAAGCAUUCUGGUGGCCGACAUUCAGACUCGGCGGAUGCGGAGAUGGAGGAUGACGACGACUUGAGCAACCACAACCAAUCCUGCUACGCCUACGCGACCGUGUCACCAACAUGGGACCAUAGGUUUCGUUUCAUCACUAAUGAAAAUACUGGAGAUACGGACGAGAAGCUGUCAAGAAUGCAACAUCGUUGGGUGAACGAGGGAAGUCAUGCAAUACCUCUCACGGAGCGCAUUCACACUCUGAAUGCAAACCACCUGCGCAGAAACGGAUUUGAUCUCAUGUUAACAGACAUGUCUAGCACUGCCCAAUGCAAAUAUUCCUGGGUCUUCGGAGAUAUGGAGACAGCGGCCGUGUUCGUCAGAGAAGGCUCGAAACCAAUCGUGCAGUCGAGUUUUCAUGUCGACGACUUUGUACACUGCCACAAAAAAGGCUUGCUUUCACACACAAAGAUCAUGAGCCAUGUCAUGAAACACGGCUUUCCUAGUUCAGUGGCCAACAUGCUCGGCGCAUUGUCAACAGUCGACGGUAUCUACGAGAAAUUAUCUGGGGCCACUGUCUCACUCAAAUGUUUCGAAAAGCCGUUGUUGGAGUCGAAAUGGUAUAACUGGAGCUCAUUGCAUCGAGGAGCUACGCGGCGAAAGCUCGCUCUGGCAAUCGUAUCGUAUUUUGACUCAGGCUCUUGCGAUUUAGACCCGGAAGAUCUGGAUCAGGUUAUCGCUGUGUCUACUGGUGAUUCCAUAUAUGUUCCAGCACAGCUAGUCUGUGACCCUCUGAAGCGGCACCAGCCUCAUGUCCUAAAACGGAUCCUUGGAAACAUUGGAAAGCCUGGGGUUGUCCUCCUGAACCCACCUCAAGGUCCAAUGAUGCGUGACCUAGAAUUUACAUCCGUGUCCAUGCCCAAAUUCGAUGGAACCAAACAGGACUGCUUUGGCGCAACGUCCUUGCAUUUAUCCUUUACCGGGCUGCACAUGCCCAUGUACGACACGAACGUCAAGGUUGGAAGAGACUCGCAGGUCUCUAUACUCGAAUCGGUGAUGUCUGUCCGUGACCGUGGGAAUUGGGUCGCUGAUAUCAACAUACUGGACGCGCUCAGCACCGACUUCGAUUUCAAGCCAGUGCUUAACCGAACCUGUCGACACGAGCAAACACAAGCGUCUUUCGCGGGGGUGUACUCAAUUGAAUCAUGGGAUGAUAUAUUGGAUCAUCCUGUGGACAAAUUUGUGGUGCGGACUCAUGGUAACUGGGCUGCUCGUCUUGCGGCGUAUUCCGUGCUCGCGCAAGCGAUGAAAGAGAAAGGAAGUCUGUACGGCGAAACCAAGCGUCCGAGGUCUCCACAAACCAUGCCUAUCUAG